UAAUCGUUUGUGGCACUCAGAAUUAUUCAAUUUUGACUUUCGUAACUUGUUGGAAUUUGAGUCAUCCAGACAUCCAGGCUAAGCUUUAAACUGACUUGACUUAGCUACAAUCGAAACCCACAAAGACGGCUGAUUAAGCAGCAGCUGUUUGUAUUAAUUCCCCUAUUAAUUCUCUCAAUUCCAAAGCAAGAAAUUACUAAUUAGGAUUAUACUCUUCAAGCCAAAUUAAAAAAUAAAAUACUCUUCAAGCCACGGGCCAACCUAGCCCAAAAAGCACGCAGUAAAUCCAAUGAAAUUGACACACGUGGAUAGCGUAAUAUAUUGUUUGCUGUUCGGAAGUUGCAGAGGAUCCGUAUAUAAGAGCUGGAAGAGCGGGACAAAGGAAGAAAUAGUUAGGAGCGGUUAGUUUGGCAUGGGCCUCACUCUAAACACCUCGAGAUCCCCUCUUCCGUCCCACGUGGCUCCAUCGAACCGUCCGAUCCGUCGCGUAGGAUUCUCGGUUCGCCACACGUGCUACCUCUCUUUCUCUCUCCCUCUCUUAUUUCUCUCUCUAUAUCCUCUUUCCUCUUUUAACUUUGCUUCCAUGCAUGGAUUUCUCCUUCCACCAUCCUUAAAGCACAAGAACAACCCAGAGAGAGAAACGAAUCAAUCUCCACCUCUCUCUCACUAGUUUCUCACUUUUUCACUCACCCUGAGAGAAGUGGAAGCGAGCAUAGCAGAGCUCAGAUCUGCUGCUGGUCAAAAGAAAGCAAACAAGCCGAGAAGAUAUAUAGCCAUGAAUAGCUUCCACACAGAUCAGUGAAAAAAACCUUCAAAAUUGAAGCGACAAAGCUUCGGCUUCUUGAAUUUAUUUCUUUAUCGGCGAGUCUCCCCUCCCCUGUUUUCUUUUCUCUCUGUUACAGAUGGAGAAGCACCGAUGCAAGAUUUGCAGCAAGUGUUUUCCCUGUGGGAGAUCACUUGGAGGCCACAUGAGAUCACAUAUGCGGUUCUGCUCUUCGGUAAAGGAGAAGGAGAAGCUCGAAAAUAGCUCAUAUGUGCUUAGAGAAAAUCCCAAGAAGACAGGUAUGCUGUUAGAUUUCGCCGGAGAAGAUCCAACAUCGUCGUCGUCUUCACUGAAGACAAAGCAGUGCAAGGUGUGCGGCAAAGAGUUUCCUUCUUGGAAAGCUCUGUUCGGUCACAUGAGAUGUCAUUCUAACAAGAUUUGCCGUCGAAGCUUUGAAGCAGAGAAGCAAGAAGAGGAUCAAGAAGAAGAAGAAGAAGUUUCUUGGAAGCACCGAUCGAUGCUGACUUCAGCGGCUUCAUCUAUAACUGAGUACGAGCAGGAGCAAGAAGAAGUCGCCAUCAGUCUCAUGAUGCUGUCACGCGACGUUGGCGGUUACUGGUCGAUCGCUGCCGACUCAUCCGACAAGCAAUCCGAGGUCAUGGAAGACGACGGACUGAUCAAGCGAUCCGAAGAAUUCGGAGGUUUCGACUUGGAGUACUCCGGUGAAGAAUCCGGAAAGCAAAAGAUUAUGACUUUAGCUGAAUUUGGGAAGAAAAGAGCAAGGAUUGCUGAAAAAGGAAGUGAAUUGAAUGCACAUGAGGCAAAAUUGGGAAUAAUCGAGAUAAAAUUGGAAAGCAGAUAUCAAUGUGCAGCCUGCAAAAAAGGCUUCCACUCCUACCAAGCUCUCGGCGGCCACCGAGCCAGCCAUAAGAGAAUCAGAGGCUGCUGCUUCCAGAAUCCCAAUGCCAAUUUCGACGACAAAACUGAGGCAUACGUCGAGCACCUGACGGUAGUGGAGAUGGAACAUUCCUAUUCUGGCCUGUCAAAGAAAAGCAGAAUUCAUGAAUGCAGUAUCUGUGGAAAGAUUUUUUCCUCGGGACAGGCAUUGGGAGGUCACAAGAGGUCUCAUUUAGUGUCUACUGCAGAUGCCAGCAGUUGUGGCGAUAAUGCGGCCGCAGUGGCGGUGACGGCAGCCGCAGUGGCGGUGACGGUUGCAGCAGCCGUUGAGGUCCCGGAGCUCCUGGAUCUCAAUCUUCCAGCUCCUGUCGAUGAUGAAUCGAGCAAUGUGAAGCCAUGGUGGAGUGGUGAGAGCAUAGAGCAUGAGCAGAACAGUAUAAAUUUGAUUGAUUUCUAAUUGAUGAAGAAAAGAAGGGGAUGCAAAGAUGAGCUCUGUACAGAUUCUGCGAUACAUUUGGUGAAUCUACUAUCUGAUUGGUUAAUUCUUGAUUUUUGGCUUGAUACGCUAGCUUUAUACUCUACUAAUUCAACCUUCCCAUAUCCUUAUAUUACUCGAGCUUAUGAGCUACCUGGUCAAAAAAAAAAAAAAAUGCUGUUCCACUAGAGAUUUUAAUUUUGCUGAUUUUGUUCUGAUAUAUGACAUGAACUUGAAAGAACUGGAUUCCUUACUUUUUCUUCUAUUUUCUGAAAUGUUUACGAUAAUUAGCUUGAUUAAAAUUAGCUUUGCUUACUGUCUUGAAUGUUUCCAGUGCUUGCUGAAAUAUGUAAAUUUCAGAAAUUUAAGUCAGUAAAUUGGUACAAUGACUCUUUCUUGCUUACUGUUUUUUUUUUUUUGGAAAUAAAUCUU